GGGGGGUGGUCACGUGGCCGCUGAUGCCGCUGGCGGGGCCGGUAUAAAAAACCGGAGCCAGAACCGGGAGCGGAGCCGGGAGCGGAGCCGGAGCAAAGCCCGGAACCGGAUCGGGGCCCAGAACCGGAUCGGACCGGAGCCGGAGCAAAGCCCGGAACCGGAUUCCGGAGCGGAGCUGGAUCGGGGCCCAGAACCGAACCGGGCACUGGAGCCAGCGUAAGACCCGGAACCGGAUCGCAGCCGAACCGGAUCGGGGACCAGAACCGGAUCAAGACCCGGAGCCGGACUAAGGACCGGAACCGGAUCCCGGACCGGAGCCAGCUCUCACCGGACCCAGCCCAAGACCCGGAGCCGGAUCCCAGCCGAACCGGAUCAGGGCCCGGAACCGGCUCCGACCAGCUCCAGCUCCGGGGGGGGUCCGGGAUGAGCGGGGGGGGGGGGCCCGCGGGGAUCCCCCCUACGGCACCGCUCGUCCCGCCGGGGGCCGCGGGCCGGGGGGGUCCCGGGGGGGGCUCGGGGGGGGCCGGUGCCCCCGGGGAAGCUGCAGCUGCUCGAGCGCUUCUUCACCCCCCCGGGGCCCCCCCCGGGCGCUCCCUCUUCCUCCCCCUCCUCCCCCUCCUCCUCCUCCUCCUCCUCUGCGGGGGGGGAAGGUCACCGGGAGGGUCCCCCCCGCUCUCCCCGGGGGGGGGCCUUGGGGACAUUGGGGGACCCCUUAGGGACACUCGGGGACCCCCUGGGGACAUUUGGGGAGCCCCUGGGGACACUCGGGGACCCCGCCAGACCCCCGGGCACCCGCCUGCGCCCGGGGCUGAGCCGCAGCCACGAGUGGCUGCACCCUGGGGACGUCCCCAAGGGGUUUGGGGACACCCGUCCCCCCCUCGGGGACAUCGCGGGGACCUUCGGGGACAUCGCCGUCCCCCCCAGGGCCGUCCCCGAACCCCGCAGCACCCGCCGGCGACAAGGGCCGAGUCGUAGCCGUCACCCCGGGGAUGUUCCCGAGGGGCUGGGGCAGAGCGUGGGGACCCUCGGGGACAUCCCCGACCCCCUCGGGGACCCCCUGGGGACAUUUGGGGACCCCCUGGGGACAUUGGGGGACCCCGCCAGAUCCCCGGGCACCCGUUUGCGCCGGGGGCUGAGCCGCAGCCACGAGCGGCUGCACCCCGGGGACGUCCCCAAGGGGUUCGGGGACACCCUGGAGCUGCUCGGGGACAUCGCGGGGGCACCCAAGGGUGCCCCCCACCCUCACACCCCAACCAGGCGCCACCUCUGCCUCCCCGGGGACGUCUCUGAGGGGCUCGGGGACAUCGUGGGGACCCCGGAGCCCCUCGGGGACGUUGCAGGGACCUUUGGGGACACCCCCAUGUCACCCAAGGGUGCCCCCCACCCUCGCACCCCAACCAGGCGCCACCUCUGCCUCCCUGGGGAUGUCGCUGGGGGGCUCGGGGACAUCGUGGGGACCUUCGGGGACACCCCCACGUCACCCAAGGGUGCCCCCCGCCCUUACAGCCCCCCCCAGCACCGGCGGCCGAGCCGGGGCCGGGGGGACCCAGGGGGGACCCCGGGGGACAAGGGGGGGCUGCGGCGGGGACAGAGCCGCAGCCAGGAGGGAUUGGGGGUGCUGGGGGGGGGCGGGGGGGGACCCCCCCGGCGCUGGCGGUCACUGGAGGCGGUGGGGGGUCCCCGGGGGGGUCCCCGUUUCUCUCGGUUCUUGGAUGAGCUCACCCGGCGGGUGCUGAGCCCCGCUCACCUCCGCGCCCUGGGGUGGCCCCCCCGGACAUCGGGGUCCCCCCGGACGUUGGAGGCUUCGUGGGUAUCGGGGUCCCCCAGGACGUCGGGGUCCCUCCCCCCCCAGGGUGGUGUGCCCGGGGGGGGGCAGGGACCCUCCGGGGGGGCGAUGGAGGAGGAAGAGGAGGAGGAAGAGGAAGAUGGGGGGCAGGAGCCGGGAGCAGCUGGAGGCGCCGGGGGACCGAGGGGCCCCCCCCCGGCGCGGGCGGAGCUCGACGCCCUCCGGGAGAGGAUGGACAGGCUCCAGGAUGACUACGCCAACUCCCAGCGGCUCAACCAGCUCCUGGAGGAGCGACUGCGGGGGCUGGCGCAGGCCGUGGCUCUGGAGCGGGCGGCGCUGACCCAGCGCGUGGCCGAGGUGCUGCAGCGGGUGCUGGGGGGCCCCCCCGGGACUGCGCCCCCCCCGGGGACCCCCGCGGCUGCGUCGGGCCGGGCUGAAGAUGAGGCUGAGGACGAGGAAGGGCCCCUGCUGCCCCCCCCAGCAUUCAGGGACCCCCCAAGGCCCUGACCCCCCCCCCCCCCUUCCCCCAAUAAAGCUCCGGG